GAAAGCGAGGGAAGAAAGAAUAGAUCGGAAAGGGGAUAAAAGAAAUCAAUUACUACUAGACUAGUAGGCGUUUGAGAAACUCCCAUCCCUGAAAGCCCAUGGCAUGGUUCCACUGACCAAAUUAACGGCUACCCGCAUUCAACCGCCAAAAAUCUCCGACUGUAAUACGAAUUUGGUCUCCAAAAGGCUAAAAUGCCUUUCUCUACUCAAGAAAUGCACUUCCAUGAAACAACUCUAUCAAAUCCACGCUCAAAUCCAAAUCUCAGGGCUCCAAUCAGACCCACUCAUUUCAAAAUCCAUUACCCACUUCUGCGCCUUACAUCCCAACGGAAGCUUGAGCUACGUCCGUCUCGUUAUCCGAAAAUCCAAUAACUCAAUGCUCUCUUCAUGGAACAAUCUGAUCAGAGGCUAUUCCGUAAGAAACACCCCAAAACAAGCCUUGUGGGUUUUCCUUUCGAUGCGAGGUCGGGGCAUUAGACCCAAUAGGCUAACUUACCCAUUCCUAUUCAAAGCGUGUGCGGCGAUUGGCGCAAUUAAAGUAGGGAGACAGAUCCACACGGAUGCUUUAAAGCGUGGUGAGGAUUCGGUUAUUUAUGUUCAGAACACUUUGGUUCUGUUUUACGGGUCUUGUGGGAAGAUUAACUAUGCACGCCGGGUGUUUGAUGAAAUGACGAUGAGAACCAUUGUUUCUUGGAAUUCCAUUGUUUCUGCUUGCAUUGAGAACGAUAGAAUUAAAGAUUCGAUGGAGCUUUUUGUGAGGAUGAGAGAUUGUGGGUUUGAGACGGAUGAAGUCACAAUGGUGGGUUUGCUUUCGGCUUGUGUGGGGUUAGGGAACUUGAGCUUGGGCAAAUGGGUUCAUUCUCAGGUGAUUGAAAAAGGGCUUAUUGUGAAUUGUAAAUUGGGCACUUCCCUUCUCGAUAUGUACGCGAAGUGUGGUGACGUAUAUUGUGCUGGCCGGGUUUUUGAUAGGAUGGAUGAACGGAGUGUAUGGACGUGGAGUGCUAUGAUUUUGGGGUUCGCACAACAUGGGUGUGCCAUGGAAGCCCUUGCGCUUUUCGAAAAGAUGAAUGGAGGUGCAAUUAAGCCUAACUAUGUGACAUAUUUAGGGGUCUUAUGUGCUUGUAGUCAUGUUGGACUUGUGGAGGAUGGACGUCGAUUCUUCCAUGAAAUGCAAGAUUUGCACGGAAUUAAACCUGUGAUGGCACAUUACGGUGCUAUGGUGGAUUGCUUUGGUCGCGCUGGCCUUCUUAGAGAAGCUUAUACCUUCAUUGCGAAGAUGCCUGUUAAACCAGAUGCAGUCGUGUGGAGGACGUUACUAAGCGCGUGCAAGAUCCACGACAUUAACGACUACAGUGGUGUGGGGGAGAAGGUCGGAAAGAGUUUGUUUGAACUGGAGCCAAGAAGCGGUGGGAACUUUGUGAUGAUCGCGAACAAGUACGCUGAUGUUGGGAUGUGGGAGAAUGCAGAACGCGUGAGAAGAGGUAUGAGAGACAGAGGGUUGAAGAAGAUGACUGGGGUGAGCUGUGUUCAGGUAGGUGGCUCCAUCCAUAGAUUCUUUUCUGGGGAUGAUUCGCAUGAAGCUUGUGAGGGUAUCCACCUCUUGGCUUUACUAAAUGGACUGAAUUUGCAUUCCAAGAUGGUUGACUAUGAACAAUCAUUCUAGUUGUUCUUAUGCUGCCUCCAUCAUCUAUUAUAAAUGAUCAAAUGCGUAUCUUCUAAAAA